CUAUGGCUUCCUGUUUGUUAAGAACGGUGGCUGCCGCCGCCGCCGCCGGCGGUUCUCAGAGCUUUGAUCCGACGUCGUAUCGUAAAAGAAAAAUAGCCGUUAAAACCCUCAAAAGCUUCCAAACACCUCUUCCUUAUUGUUCUCCAUCUCACUUGCUCAACCCUCCUCUUCCGGAGGUGAGAAGCCAAGCAAUGGCUAAUGGUGGUGGUGAAGAGACAAAGUCGCAAGAAAUUUGGGAUUUUGCAAGGGCAUUAUGGACUUUUCUCAGGCCUCACACAUUCUAUGGAACUCUAGUGGCUUCAUGUUCGUUGGCGGGCAGAGUGUGGAUUGAAAAUCCAAAUCUAAUGAAGUGGUCGAUUCUAACAAGAGCACUUAGCGGCCUAGUAGAGCUGUUGUGUGGCAAUAGCUAUAUUGUGGGUAUCAAUCAGAUUUAUGACGUCGAAAUUGACAAAGUAAAUAAGCCAUUUUUGCCCAUAGCGGCAGGGAAGAUCACGAGCAAACAAGCAUGGGUUCUAACGACGUCGUUUUUGGCGAUUGGGCUGUGUACGGCCACGUUUAAUUCAGGCCCAUUCCUUAGUUCCCUCUAUUGUUUCGCUCUAUUGCUUGGGACUCUCUACACCGUUCCUCCUUUUAGAUUGAAGAGAUUCCCCAUUGCUGCUUUCCUCUGCAUUGUCUUGGUAAGAGGCUUUCUUGUGAAUUUUGGUGUACAUUAUGCAUCGAGAUCGGUUCUUGGACUUCCAUUCCAAUGGAGCCCACCAGUGAUCUUCAUCACCACAUUUGUUACCUUCUUUGGUUUGGUCAUCGCUCUCACAAAAGAUCUAUCCGAUAUAGAAGGCGAUCGCAGAUAUAAGAUCACUACUUUUGCCACAAAGCUUGGAGUCAGAAGGUUGGCGUUUUUUGGUUCAGGGAUUCUUCUUCUCAACUAUGUUGCUGCCAUUUUGGCUGCAAUUUAUAUGCCUCAGGCAUUUCGGCCAACCAUAUUGAUACCAACACACACCAUUAUGGCAAUAUCUCUUAUUUUUCAGACAAUAGCAUUAGAUCAAGCAAAAUACACCAAGGAAGCAGCUUCAAGUUUCUACAUGUUCUUGUGGAAGCUGUUCUAUGCUGAAUAUUUAGUCUUCCCGUUCAUUUAAAAACGCUCUCGAUUUAAUCGAGAGCAAUUUUGCGCUUUCCCGACUUGCUGAUUAAUAGUUCGUAUAGUUUUUCGAUGCACGUAACUAAAAGUACGGUGUGUUUUUUCUCGAAUUUGCAUCAAUCAGUAGAAUAUUUGUUAACGUAACGGUGACAAUUCUACCGACAAGGUUUAUAUUCGUAUACAUUAUAUGACUCGAGCUAGUAGA